AUGAACGGUGCGAUCUGGGAUCUCCACCGCUGCGGAAAAGCAAAAGAGAAAGCUCCAGGAAUACCUAGCAGCCAAGGGAAAACUGAACCUUCCAGCAACCGUCAGCAACAGCACAAAGCUGGAUCAUCCUCUGGAGAGCUGUCGAGGAAAACUGGGGGUGACAGGUCAAGGAAAUACUGCACAGACUCUGUGGACAUGUCCAUGGUGAGGCUUGGUGUGGCAGAAUCUGGAAAGAAGGCGAGGACCCUAAAGAAUCGGAACGACAACUGGCAGAGAGAGAAGUUGGCUACUGUGGAAUCACCAGAGGAGCCUGGAGCAUUCAUGGAUGAAAACUACUUUGUGAACUACACUUUCAAAGAUCGGUCACAGUCAAGCCGUGUGGCUCAGGGCAUCAUGAAACUGUGUCUGGAGGAAGAGCUGUUUGCUGACGUCACCAUUUCAGUGGAAGGCCGGGAGUUUCAGCUCCACCGGCUGGUCCUCUCAGCUCAAAGCUGCUUCUUCCGGUCCAUGUUCACGUCCAACCUGAAGGAGGCCCACAACCGGGUGAUUGUGCUGCAGGAUGUCAGUGAGUCUGUUUUCCAGCUUCUGGUUGAUUAUAUCUACCAUGGGACUGUGAAACUUAGAGCUGAUGAGCUGCAGGAAAUUUAUGAGGUGUCAGAUAUGUAUCAGCUAACAUCUCUCUUUGAGGAAUGUUCUCGGUUUUUGGCCCGCACAGUGCAGGUGGGGAACUGCCUUCAGGUGAUGUGGUUGGCAGAUCGCCACAGUGAUCCUGAGCUCCACACUGCUGCCAAGCACUGCGCUAAGGCCCACCUAGCCCAGCUGCAGGACACAGAGGAAUUUCUCCACUUGCCCCACCACCGACUCACUGAUAUCAUCUCCGAUGGAGUUCCAUGUUCCCAGAACCCAACAGAGGCAAUAGAAGCCUGGAUCGAUUUUAAUAAAGAGGAAAGAGAGUCUUUUGCAGAGUCACUCAAGAGUAGCUUGAAGGAAAUUGGGGAGAACGUGCACAUUUACCUGAUCGAGAAAGAGUCAUCUCGUACUCAUCAUUGUGCUGAAGAUGACUCCAUCAGUGUACGUGGCCAAAACAGUUUGUGCCACCAGAUCACUGCAGCCUGCAAGGAUGGUGGAGACUUGUACGUGGUAGGAGGGUCCAUCCCACGGCGCAUGUGGAAGUGUAACAACGCCACUGUGGACUGGGAGUGGUGUGCGCCCUUACCCCGGGACCGGCUCCAGCACACCAUGGUGUCUGUGCCCGGGAGAAAAGCUAUAUAUUCACUGGGUGGCAAGACACUGCAGGAUACCCUCUCCAAUGCAGUAAUCUAUUACCAGGUAGAUUAUAACAACUGGAUAGAGACAACACAGCUAGAGGUGGCUGUGUCAGGGGCUGCUGGAGCCAAUCCCAAUAGGAUCAUCUACUUACUGGGAGGGGGGAAUGACCUGGACUUCCUUACCAAACCUUCCCGACUCAUCCAGUGCUUUGACACAGAGACAGACAAGUGCUACAUGAAGCCCUAUGUGCUGCCCUUUGCCGGCCGCAUGCAUGCCGCGGUGCAUAAGGAUCUGGUGUUCAUCGUGGCUGAAGGGGACUCCCUGGUCUGCUACAAUCCCCUGCUAGACAGCUUUACCCGGCUUUGCCUUCCUGAGGCCUGGAGCUCGACCCCACCCCUCUGGAAGAUCGCCAGCUGUAAUGGGAGCAUUUAUGUUUUUCGGGAUCGAUAUAAAAAGGCGGAUGCCAACACCUACAAGCUUGACCCUGCCACUUCAACUCUAACAGUCACCAGAGGCAUUAAGGUGCUGCUUACUAAUUUGCAGUUUGUGCUGGCAUAAGGCAGUGGGGGAAGAGCGGCUGACUUCUGUCCUCCCCUUUUCCAGUACCUUCCCAUACAAACUGGAAGUGUCCAAAAUCCCAACUCAGAGGACUAUGUUAUCUUGUGGCACAUGUUCAAAAGGCAGCACUCAGCCCUUCCCUGAAUCCAUAGGGGUAGCCAUUGUGGGGCUUUCUAGACUGCCACUGCUCAGCUGGCUGCUUGAAUGAGUGCAGGCCAGCCUGUUCUCUGCCAUCCCUGGUAAUCCUGUGCCUAC